GACGCACUUUCUGCUGGUGGGAGGGGAACUAGGGACCCGAGCCCACUGGUGACGUUUCUUUCACGUGAUCAGAAGCCGACGUGUGCAGAAGUCCCUCUCCUCCAGGUACCAGCUCCCUAUUUUUGUGUAGAGCUUGCAGACUGAGGGACAGAGCGGCAACUGCCCUAAAGCCCUGCAGGUCUUCAGGUCUGUGGUUGUAGGCACCAACCCAGACAAGAGAAGAAAAGACCUGCAGGACCAGUGCAGGACAGGCAAAGAAGAGAGAAUCACAACAUGGAAAAGAUCUACGAAGAAAACAAAGGACAGCCAGAAAACGAAGGAACUCUAGAAAAUGAGGGAAAGCCAGAAGAUGAAGUUGAUACAGAAAAUGAAGGAAAAUCAGAUGAAGAAGAAAAGCUGGAAGUGGAGGAGAAGCCAGGGCAUGAGGGAAAGCUCCAGAAUGAGGGGCAGCCAGAUGACGAAGGGCAACCAGAAGAUGAGGGAAAGGAAGAAAAUCAGGGCAAGUCCAAAGAUGAGGGAAAACCACAAGGUGAGGGCAAGCCAGAAUCCCUGGCAAAGUCUGAGGGUGAGCCUCGGGCUGCAGAAAAGCGCCCAGCUGAAGAUUAUGUGCCCAGGAAAGCAAAAAGAAAAACGGACAGGGGGACAGAUGAUUCCCCCAAGGACUAUCAGGAGGACUUACAGGAAAGGCACUUGGGCAGUGAGGAGAUGAUGAGAGAAUGUGGAGAUAUGUCAAGGGCUCAGGAAGAGCUAAGAAAAAAACAGAAAAUGGGUAGUUUUCACUGGAUGCAAAGAGAUGUUCAGGAUCCGUUUGCCCCAAGGGGGCAGCGGGGUGUCAGGGGAGUGAGGGGCGGAGGUAGGGGCCAGAAGGACUUAGAAGAUGUUCCAUAUCUUUAAUGCCUUUGGCCUUUAAUUCUGAUCUCUCUUAUGGGAAUAUUGCCGACCUUGCUUUCCCUGGCAGGCAGUUGCCGGGCUAUGUGCUUUAACCUUAUGCUGAUCUGUUGCUUUAGGUGUCACUCUCCGUUACCAGCAGCCUUUUGACCCAACUGCAGCACUCUGUCUUUCAGUAGGGGACUUUCACCCAUGUGCAUGGAAGAGAGAUAUUCAUGAUACAUUGCAAAAUAUUAAUAAAAAAAGUUUUCAGAACUACA